CAGGAAGGGCCGAUCUAGCGCUGAGAGGCUAUUUUAAGGUUGACGCUACUGGAGACUAGUCGCUAUUAUCCGUAAAGCUCAUAUAUAAACGUCCACACUUGCUGGCUUGACGUUUCACACUUUGGGAGUGUCGAUCUCGGCCCCGGACACAGGGGUUUACCUUACAUAUGGCUUCAGCGGGGGUCCCCCCGCCACGUGCAGCAGCGGUUCAAUGUUAUUUAUGUCAGGGCGUUUUCCCUACUUCGAGAUAUCCUCUGGAGUACGAUGAGCAAGGACAUGAGUGUUGCCCCGAGUGCGGGAGCGAGUUUGUGGAGCUCCUAGACCAGGUUUCUAACACAUCGACCGGCGGUACAGGCGUCCAGAACAACCCUGGCAGUCGUUCGUCUGCAGAGCCGAACGCCCAAUCCAGCGCUCCAGCACCUGCACAUCAAGGACGGGCCGCACCGGGUGCACCUGAAGCUCGCGCCCGCAAUCACAGCCGUGGAACCCGGAUCGAGUUCCAUGCAACCUUCGAUCCGCGCCCCAUCCAUGCCGCGCCCUUAACUUUUGUCGAUGCCAUCAGCCGCUUCGCACCAGUCCACCUUCCUAAUGGACAGCAGGCGUACGUGCUGCAAGUUCAGGAUGGCGCGCUACUGUCCCCGUUCACCAUGAGCAUGCCGUUCGGCGACGCCGCCAUGGGCCUCAACCCCGCCGACUGGGUGGUGGGUGAGGACCUGGAUGCCGUGGUGACCCGCCUGCUGGACGCCUACGCCCCACCCCGCACCUCCACACCGCAACACGUGUGCGAUGCGCUGCCCCGACGUACCGUACGACCACCGUUGUCGCCAUCUGGGUCGGUCCCAUCUGGGUCGGUUCCAUCUGGGUCAGUUCCAUCUGGGUCGGAACAGCAGCAGGAGGGGCAGCAGCAGCAGCAGCUGGUUGGGGUGCAGCUGGUGCCGAUGGGGGGAGAGGACGAGGACGGGGACGAGGGCCGCGUGAAGCUGCGACUGCAGUUGCUGCAGCCAGCGGAGACGGCGGGCGAGCAGCAGCAGCUGCAGCGGCAGCAAGGGAAAGAAGAGAAGUCCAAGGAGCACGGUGACAAUGAGGAGAAGGAGGAGGAGGAGGUGCGGCAGGGCGGCAGCAGUGGCGGCAGCUACGCCAGCUGCCACGCAGGGGAGCUGUGUACGGUGUGUCACGAGGCGUACGAGGCGGGCGGGCAGGUGGUGGAGCUGCCAUGCAGGCACUGCUUCCAUGAGGACUGCAUCAUGCCUUGGCUGCAGCAGCAAAACACCUGUCCCGUGUGCCGCUUGCGCCUCAAGGACACCCGUGGGGCAGCUGCUCAAGGCAGCAGCAGCACCAGCAGCAGCGGCACCAGCCGCAGUGCACAAACCGCAGCUACUGUCGCCAACCCCGCAGAAGACCCCGCGCAUGCUCCCGCACAGCAGCUGCCUCAAACCCACCCGGCCGGGAUUCCCUCUCAAUCCGGACAGCCACCCCAGCAGCAGGGCAGCAUGGGGGCAGCAGCCCCAACUCGACACCCGCACCAUCACCCCCUGCUGCACAUGCCCCCGCCCAUGUUGGGAGCUGCCCCGCACCACCACAUCCCUGCCUCCGUCCUCCUGUCCUCGUCCGCCACUCGUGGCGCACCCCAUCACCACUCCACGGGUGCCCCCCCAUCGCUGGGUGGCGAAGCUCUGAGCGCCGCACAAGCCUCCCUGGCCUCCCUCAGUACCCGCUUCGCUCCGUUGCGUCUGGGACCUCUUGCCAACCCACCCUCGUCCUCCUCUUCAGCUGCCGCAAGGGCAGCAGGGGCGGAGACAGCGGGGGGAGCGGCAAGGGAGUCGUCGGGCCGAGCACCGGGAGCUCCGAGGUCCUUUGAACAGCUGCUCAUGUCGGCGCUGACAGGAGGCUCAGCAGGCUCGGGACUGACCCGUGGGUCAUCACCUUCAGCACCCGCAUCAGCAUCUCAAGGACAGGCAGCUGCCUCAACGCCGCUUCGGUCGGGUUUCCUGAACCAAGCGGUUAACUUGUACGGCGACAACAAUAACGGAGCUGCUACUACAGCCUCGGGGGGCCGGGGCUCUAGCGCUGCUGCCACCGGUUCUUCGUCCACUGGGGGGGCCGGCACGCGUUCUGCGUUGCGAGGCGGCUUCUUCAGGCCUUCUCCGUCAUCAAGCGGCGGCGGCGGAGGCGGGCCGACCCGUGGGUCAGCGGCUGGCUUGGGCAACAGCGGUGCCGCUGCCGCUGCUGGUGCUGGUGCGAGCUCCCAGUCUCAAUCCCCGUCCAGCCGACCCUCGGGUCGCUCCUCCUCAUCCUCCUCCAUCACACCUCCUACCGGUACCUCUUCCGCAUCCGGCCCCGCUCCUCAAACAACCCUCCUCCUGCCUCCCCACUUCCUGUCCGCCGCGCUGCCUCACCUCAACCUGCCGCCCCACCUCCGCGGCAUGGCAGCAGGCAUCCCGGUGUCCUCUGACACUGCCGCCCAAGUGGAUGCACUUGCCGCCGUGCAUGCGGGCGACAUGCGAGAGCUGAUGCCACGCAUGAUUUGGUCCAUGGCGCUUACGCAAGCGGCGGAAGCGGAGGGGCUGAUGGGGCCGGGGCUGCGGGAGGGAGGAGGAGGAGGAGGUGGGGGCGGCAGGGAGGCGGAGGGACGGCGGCGGCAGCAGCAGCAGCAGCAGCGGGUGAUGUUUAACUUGUUCGGUGGGAUUGGGGAUGUUAGUGAUGGUGAAGAUGACGGCGAUGAGGAGGAGGAGGGCAGCGAGGAGGGUGGUGAGGCGGGUGCUGAUGCCCAGGACGCCUUCAUCUCAGCCAUGCAGUCGGCUAUGCCCUCCGCGCCGCCUUCCGCCUCCACUACCAGCGCUGCUGCUGCGACUGCUGCCGCCGCGCCCCCACCCGCUGCCGCUGCUGGCGCCACUUACGACCUGCUUCGCGGAGUGCCUCGGCGCGCUUCUGACGGCCUGCCCGACCUUUGGGCCAUGCUGGGGCAGGUGGAGCAGGUGCUGCUGGUGGAGGGGCUGGUGGAGCGGGCGGAUGCUGCGGGGUCUGCCCGGCCUAGUGAGGAGCAGUUGAGGGGCGUGCAGCGGCGAGCACUGAGGGGUGCGGAGCACUUGAUUCGCUGUCUGGCGGGCGACCCCACCGGCAUGAUGACCCGCGUGGCGACUGUAGCGGAGCGCUGGCUUACUCAGGCUACGGAGGUCGUACGGCGACCGCCGCGGCCGGCUAUCGCUGCUGCCGGUACUUCCGAAGCAAGCAACAUCGCAGCAGGAGAGGCAACGGAAAGGGAAAGGAGUGAAGCGUCGGGUGGGGAGGAUGCGGGACCGACCCGGCGGGUCGCUCGUCACUCUCAGGAGCAGGAUGCGGCCAGUCUGGCUCACCACCACCAAGAGCAUCAAGAGCAACAGCAGCAGCAGCAGCAAGGGGCAGGAGCGACGUCGGAGGAGGCGGUAGACAGCAGCCCCGCGGCGGGUGCUGCUGCUGCCCCCGCUGGCGCCGGGCAUGACGAUGUCGGUGGUCCCUGCGGCUCCAAUGCUGCUGCCGCUGCCAGUGCUGCUGCCAGUGCCGCUGCCAGUGCCGCUGCCAGUGCUGCUGCCGGAAGCUGCAAGCCUCCCAGGGCGCAUGGUGCUGCUGCUGCCGCAGGGGCGCGGAGGGCGGGCAGGAGGGUGGUAACGGUGCGACCGUCCGCUGGCUCCUCCUCAGCCGCCUUUACUUCCUCCUCAGCAGCGGCUGCUGCGGCUUCUGGUGCCACCGCCGCUGCUGCCGCCUCUCCUGCUACUGCCACGGAUAUGUCCACCAGCAGUGGAGCCGCUCUGGAGGCAACUGCCGGCAGGAGGGGGGAAGAGGCAUCAACAGACGGCGCCGGCAGCAGCAGCAACAAUAGGGGAAACGGGGGUGUUGCGGGACGGAACCCGCUGGGACUCGUGCUGGGAGGUGCGGGGGCAGGGCUGCGGUUCCUGGGAGGGGUGGCAGCGGGGCUGCUGGGGAGGCGGGGCAGGAGCGGGGCUGGCAGCAAUGGUGAUGGUAAUGGUGGUGCUGACGGUGGUGCUGGCGGCGGCAACUGAAGAUGAGAUGGGGAUACACAGGACGUGGGUUUGGGUUGAUUGGAGGGGCUUGUCCUGCGGUGUUUGCUGCUGGUGCAAGGCUUGUUGUUGCUCUGCUGUUGAGGGGAUGUGAGGACGCGUGUGUGUGUGUUUGGUCGUGUAGGGCUGUGCUGCUGCUGGAACACGGAUGUUGCGGGUGUCUUGUGUGUCGGGUUGACGGCUUUUAGAGGUAUGUUGUUUUGGGGGUUAUUGCUAUUAGGCAAAAGACUAUGAAGGUUUUCCAAAGUAGCUGUUUGGGUUCCUUAUGAGGUUGUUUGUGUUAGAGAGUGAUGAUGGACGAUGUUUCCUGGGUAAUGAAGUGUUUCUUCUUUGUCCCUUCAUUGAUUGGCAUUGUUGUGGCUAUUCAUGCUUGGCGUCGCUUGGUUUUGCGCAAAGACACGAAUGGAAGCCGUACCAGGAUGUUGGAGAUGUCAAAUAGUAUGAUGGCUGGACCAACGGUUGUGCAUUUUCAGGUUUUUGUUGCGCCGCACAAAACUCGUGCAUGUUUACUAAGCUGUGUUGCCGAUGGUUAAACGACUUGAGUCGGUCACCAGACGUUUAACGUGGUGCAACCAUUUGGGACCAGACGUUUAACUGCUGCAACCAUUUGGGGGUUAAACGAAAAAAUGCAUGAUGCUACGAUAUUGACAUGUUGCACGAAACGCCAACAGGUUAAUUCCGUUUGCCUUUUAGGAGAGGCGUGUUGUGGCACGAAUAAUGGAAGCUGAGUCCUUUUGGCUUGCUUGGUUCAAUAGGCCUGCGCACCGAGACGAUUGAGAGGAGAAUACCGUACAUUCUGACAGCUGAAUGUCGGAACCCUGUAAUAUAUUGGUCC